ACACACCUUUCCCUUCUUCCCUAACCUAAUCAUUCAUUUCUCCCUCCUUCAGAUCCUUUGCUUCAAUCCCUUGCAAACAGUCUCUUCAAUUCGCUAUCAUGGCUGAUCUGCAACAUGUUGCAGAAUAUUUUAGGGUUUCUUAUUUAGGUCAAAACCCUAAUUAAUUAACCACCGUCUUCAAGAUUCAAGAUUCAACCUUUAAAUGUUGGGUUCAUCAUCUUAUUCACAUCAUGAUCAUGAACACCAACAAAACCAAGAUCAAGAACUUCACUUACAACCAGAUCUAACAUCCCCACAACCACCACCUGCCGGCAAAGAGUUACACUACCACCAGAUACCACCACCGUCCAGCUACCUUCGUCAACUCCUGUUAGCCUGUGCACGCUCCAUUUCUCUCUCUGACUUCACCACCGCCCACCAUAUCGCCACCGUCCUCUCCUCCAACUCUUCCCCUUCCGGCGACUCAUCGGAAAGAUUAAUCCAUUCUUUCACCAAAGCCCUCUCUCUCCGCCUCCCACCGUCUCUUUCACCCACUAGUUUUACCGACACUUCUGCUAACAAUAAUGAUGCAAUUCUACAAUCAUCAUAUCUUACUCUCAACCAAAUAACACCCUUCAUAAGAUUCACUCACCUCACUGCCACUCAAGCAAUCUUAGAAGCCAUUGAUCAACCUCACCAAGAUCAUAUUCACAUACUGGAUUUUGAUAUCAUGCACGGUGUCCAAUGGCCGCCGUUAAUGCAAGCAAUCGCGGACCACCAUCCUCCAUUAACCCUACGCAUCACCGCCGUAGGAACCGACCUUGACAUCCUCCGUAAAACCGGCGAUCGUCUCUCCAAAUUCGCACACUCACUCGGCCUCCGGUUCCGGUUCUUUCCGCUUUUACUUACUAACAGCAUUAACGAAACUGUUGAUGAUGUUAUCAACCACCUCUCCACCUUUGACCGGCUUCCUAACGAAACCCUAGUGGUGAACUGUGUGCUUUACCUCCACCGGAUGUUGGUAGACCGAGAUAAGGUGGUUAUGUUGUUGAAAAAGAUUAAAUCUAUGAACCCUAGAGUUGUUACUUUAGCUGAAAAGGAAGCAAACCAUAACAACCCUUUAUUUAUUUCAAGAUUUGAGGAGGCUUUGAGUUAUUAUAGUGCUGUGUUUGAGUCGCUAGAGGUGACGCUGCCGCCGAACAGCAGGGAGCGGAUGGUGGUGGAGCAGGUGUGGCUUGGGAGAGAGAUUGUGGAUAUUGUAGUGGCGGAGGGAGAGAGUAGGAGAGAGAGACAUGAGAGGUUUGUAUCGUGGGAGAGAAUGAUGAAGAUUGCAGGGUUUAGGAAUGUUGCUUUAAGUCCGUUUGCUGUUUCGCAAGCUAAAUUGUUGUUGAGGCUUCAUUAUCCUUGUGAUGGGUAUAAUCUUGAGGUUGCGAAUGAUUGUUUGUUUUUGGGGUGGAAUAAUCGAGCCCUUUUCUCUGUUUCUUCUUGGCACUAGAUAAUAUUUAUAUGAUAUAUAUACAUGUUUAUCUUUUGUAACAA